UAUAAUAUCUCAACCAACAUCACUCUAUUAUUAUUAUUAUUCACUUGUUAUCUUCUUCUUUCUUUCUUGCUCAGGAAUCUUUUCCAAAUUCCAUUUCCACUUUUUUCCUGUAACUUUCUAAAUUUAGAUAUUUAUUCAUAUGGCUGAGGAAGCGCCUAAGCUUGAAUCCUCUGAGCCAGCUCCGGCUCCGGUACCGGCUGAACCACCCGUCGAAGCGCCUAAAGAUGUAGCUGAGGAGAAAUCUGUAAUUCCUGCUGUUCCUCCUCCUGAAGAAAAGCCCUCCGAUGACUCUAAAGCUAUCGUUGCUGUUGAAAAGGCUACAGAACCUGAUGAACAGAAAACUACUGAGGGUUCUGUGAAUCGAGAUGCUGUGCUGGCAAGAGUUGAAACGCAGAAAAGAAUGUCACUUAUCAAAGCAUGGGAAGAGAGUGAAAAGAGCAAAGCAGAGAACAAAGCCCAUAAAAAAUUAUCAGCAAUUGUUUCAUGGGAGAACAGCAAGAAAGCAACCAUUGAGGCUGAGCUUAAGAGUAUUGAGGAGCAACUAGAGAAGAAAAAGGCCGGGUAUGUGGAGAAAAUGAAAAAUAAAAUAGCAAUCACUCAUAAGGCGGCAGAGGAAAAAAGAGCGAUGAUUGAAGCUCAACGCGGGGAAGAUCUUCUAAAAGCGGAAGAGACCGCAGCCAAGUACCGUGCUACUGGAACUGCUCCAAAGAAGCUUCUUGGAUGUUUUUAAGCUAAAUUCAUCAGGUUUGGAAAUGAACAUUGUUUCUUAAUUUGUAUAUUUCUUUUAUGACUUCAUUAUUUGUUCUUUAUUGGUUGUGUGAUUGUAAUCAAAUGUUUAUUUUAUUAUUAUGUGUGCACGUAUUGGUGUAUAUACCAUUUGAAAUCCUUACUCAAAUUAAUUUGUAAGAAGCAUUAUUCAUCAA